AUGGCCUCGCUGCUGUCCCUCCAGGAGGAGAACCGCAUCCUGCAGCAGGAGCUGUCGCGCGUCGAGGAUUUGCUGGCUCAGAGCCGGGCCGAGCGCGAUGAGUUGGCCAUCAAGUACAACGCCAUCAGCGAGCGGCUGGAGCAAACCCUGCGACUGGAAACGGGCGAGCGGGAGGCGGCGGAGAACCGGAGCUUGGCGCAGCACAACAUCGAGCUGCGGCGGCUGCUGGAGGAGGAACAAGCCGCCUACAAGCGCAAGCUGCAGGCGUACCAGGAGGGCCAGCAGCGGCAGGCCCAGCUGGUGCAGAAGCUCCAAGCCAAGGUAAAUCUUUUCGGGGGACACGGGGACAUUUUGGGGACCCCCACCAGUGUCACCCACCCCAUCCCAUCCACCCAGGUGUUGCAGUAUAAGAAGAAAUGCGGCGAAGUGGAGCAGCAGCUGCUGGAGAAGGCGACAGAGCUGGAGCAAGAGAGGCUGACGGUGAGGGAUGGUUUUGGGGGGUGCCCCUGCCCCGAACCCCCCCAAAGCAGGGUGACGGCGAGCGGGCUGACGUCCCCGCAGAGCCAGCUGGAUGCCAGCGGCUCGCAGCCGGAGGAGGAGAGCAGCAACGAGCUGGAGAAUGCCCUGAUCCGGCUGGAAGAGGAGCAGCAGAGGAGCAGCAGCCUGGUGCAGGUGAACUCGAUGCUGCGGGAGCAGCUGGAACAAGCCAACGUGGCCAACGCGGCGCUGAGCGAGGACAUCCGCAAGCUGACGGCCGACUGGGCGCGGGCGCGGGAUGAGCUGGAGCAGCGGGAGGCGGAGUGGAGGCGCGAGGAGGAGUCCUUCAACGCCUACUUCAGCAACGAGCACAGCCGGCUCCUGACCCUCUGGAGGCAGGUGGUGGCCUUCAGGCGUCACUUCGGCGAGAUGAAAGCCACCACCGAGAGGGAUCUAUCGGAGCUGAGCCACGAGGCGUCGCGGACGGGCAGGGCUGCCCACGCUGCCUGCCUUCACCUGGCCGCCAACCUGCGGCUGGCCGCACAGCUGGAGGAGAAGAUGGCGGCGCGGGCGCGGGACGCCGACCUGGAGAAAGCCGCCCUCGGAGCCAGGUUGGCGGAGCUGGCGGCGGCCCUGGAGCGCCUGCGGGCUGAGGAUGGGGAGAAGGAGCGGGCAAUGGAGGCGCUGACCCUGCAGCUGCAAAACCUGGAGGCCUCGCGCGCCCAGGAGCCGUCGCCAGCGGAGGUGGAGGCUUUGCGCUCAGAGGUGGAGCUGCUCCGUCAGACGCUGCAGGAUGUCACCCAGGUGCUGGGGGAGCGGCUGCGGGCAGAGGAGGCGCUGGUGGGGGAGCAGCAGCGGGCGGGCGCCCUGCAGCAGGAGCGGGCGCGCCGGGGGGGACACGGUGGGUGCUGCAACCCCCUCUUCCCCGCGGGUGCCCCCACGGGUGCGGGCAGCCAGCAGCAGGUGGAGGAGCUGGAGGCGCAGCGGGCUGGGGCGCAGCGGGAGCUGCUGGAGGCGCGGGGCAAGGCCCGGCGCCGUUUCGGCAGGUCGGAGAAGGAGGGGCGGGGGAGCAGCAUCUCCCAGCUGCAGCAGCAGCUGGCCCGGCUCGACACCCGCAACCAGCAGCUGGAGGCCGAGGGCCGGACCCUGCUCCAGGCCAAGGAGAUGCUGGAGGCGGAGCUGGGUGCUGCACGGCUGGAGCGGGAGCAGGAGCUGCAGGCCCGGCGGCAGGCGGUGGCGGCGGCUGAGACAGCGGCGGUGACGGUGGCCCUGCAGAGUGCCCGCGACGCGCACCGCGAUGAGCUCGACCGCCUCCAGCGCGAGAAGGAGGAGCUGGAGGCCGAGCGGGGCCGGCUGGCGCGGGAGCAGGAGGAGCUGGCGGCCGAGCUGGUGUCGAUGCGGAGGCAGCGUGAGAGCGAGAAGCAGCAGGCGCUGGCGCUGCAGGAGGAGGAGAGGGCAGCGCUGGCGGAGACGCUGCGGGGGCUGCAGCAGAGCCUGGCCGAGGCCACGGCCGAGCUCGAGCAGCAGCGGCGCGAGGUCACGGGUCACCAGGAGAAGGAGCAGGGGGCAGGGCGGCGGGAGCUGCUGGAGGCGCAACGGGAGGCCCGGGAGAGCCGGGAAGGCCGGGAAGCGCAGCGGCGGCAGGCGCAGGAGGCACGCCGAGCCUUGGGAGAUGAGGCGAGGGAGAAGGAGGCCCUGCGACGCUCCAACGAGGAGCUGCGGGCGGCACUGCGGCGUGCCGAGGGCGAGCGCAUCAGCCUGAAGCGUGCCAGCGAGGAGAAGGAGCAGCAGCUGGCGCUGGUGGAGGACGGGCGGGCAGCAGCGGACCGGGAGGUGACGGAGCUGCGGGCAACCCUGCGGGAGCUGGAGCGCGCCCGCCUCGACGCCCGCCGCGAGCUGCAGGAGCUGCGCCGGCAGGUGAGGAGGAUGGCAGGGACCCCCCCCACCCAUUCGGGGUGCCACCAAGCCACCCCCAUCUCCUUUGGGCAGGUGAAGGACCUGGACAGCGAGAACAGCAAGAGGAGCAAGGAGGUGGGCGAGCUGCAGGCGCGCGUGGCCCUGGAGGAGCAGCGGGAGGAGGAGAGCCGCCGCGAAGCCUUCGGCCUCAGGCAGAAGGUGGUGGAGAGUGAGGCCGGCACGGAGGCCGCCAGGAAAGAGCUCCAGCACCUGCAGCGGCGGCUGUCGGAGGUGGAGGGCGAAUUUCGGCAGCGGGAGAAGGACCUGGCCCGCAGCUUGGAGGAGGCUCGCGGCAACGAGAAGAAGCUGCUGGCUGAUGCCCGCAACCUGCAGCUGAAGGUGGAGGCGGCGCAGGGGGGAGUUGGCGAGGCGCUCCGCCGGGCUGCCGAAACCCGCCUGGGUGGCAUCCAGUCCGCCCUACGCCGUACCAUGGGCAUCGGCCGGGCACGGGCCAGCUCCCCAGGCAAGGGUGGGGGACCGGAGGGGUCGGGGAGCCCUGGUUCAUCCCCAGACCCCGAUGCAGCGACCGAGCCCGAGGCGGUGCGGGCAGCCCUGCGGGAUUUCCUGCGCGAGCUGCAGGACGCGCAGCGGGAGCGGGAGGAGCUGCGGGUGCAGGUGGGCAGCCUGGGCCGGCGGCUGGCGGAGGCAGAGGAGGAGCGGGACAACGCCAGCGCCCGGGCGCAGCAGCUCCAGAAGCUGGUGGCUGAGAGCGAGGAAGGUGCUGGGGGCGGGGAGCUGAGCAGCGCCCAGGCCACGUUGCUGCUGCAGGAGGAGACGCUGCGACGGGGCGAGCGGGAGCGGCGGGCGCUGCGGGAGAAGGUGAUGGCGCUGGAACGGAGCCUGCACGCCGCCGAGGGCGAGCGUCGAGCCGCCCAGGAGAGGAUGAGCGCGGUGCGAGCUGGCGAGGCCGAACUGGAGGAUGCCAAGCGGCGUCUGGAGGUGGCGGAGAGCCGGAGCACCCGCCUGGAGCUGCAGCAGCGGGUGCUGGAGGGCGAGCUGCAGCGGGCACGGCUGGCCCUGGGCGAGCGGCAAGCGGAGGUGCGGGCGAUGCAAGACCGUGCUGAGCUGCUCCAGAAACAGCUGGCGGAGAGCGAGCAGCGCGCCGGUGCCGUGCAGCUGGCGAUGGAGCGGUUGAGCGCGGCAUUGACGGAGAGCGGCUCGAAGGACGAUGCACAGAGCGUGACGGCGACGUUGGCCGACGGCACCACGGCGCGGGUGGCGGUGCUGGAGCUCCCAUCGCCGCCGAGCCCCGGGCCCUCGCCGGAGCUGCAGCGGGAGCUGCAACGCCUGCGCCUCGCCCAGCUCCAAGGCCAGCGGACGCUGCAGGCUGGGGCAGGCGGCCACCGCGGCCUGGAGGAGCGGGUCGCGCUGCUGAAGGGGCAGGAGGCCGAGGUCGGGGGGGAGGCGGUGGCUCCUUCUCCGUCCCGGCACUAUUAA